GAAAAAAAUGAUGAGAAGCAUGAGGGGGUCGGUGGUGGUGAUGGUGGUGGUGGCUGCAGUGGUGGUAUGCAGUUGGGGGAAUGUUCAGAUGGCAAGUGCGGACACGAGUCCGAGCCAGUGCAAAGAGGAGAGGAACCUGCUGGUUAACGCCUGCAGGCCAGUGAUCUACGGGCGCAGCCCAUCUGCGAACUGCUGCCAGCGCGUUCGAGUGAGCCAUGUAGAGUGUGUGUGCCCCUACGUCACUCCCAAGACCGCCUCCAUCAUUGGGGCCAUUGGUGUUGACAACGUGGUUAAGAAAAUUGAAGGGUGUGGAAGGACGGUGCCCCGCAAAUUCAAGUGUGGGAGUAUCACCACUCCAUGAGGAAGACACCCUACUCAGCUUAUUACGAAUAAUGUUUACUAUUAUAUAUUUUCAAGUACUUUGUACAAUGGGGUGUAAUUUUUCUCAUGUUUGAGAUUUGAUUAUCUCCUUGUGUUCUUGCGUGGGAGCUAGAAACCCCCAAAAACUCCACUAUCGAUAAAACAAGAGAACGAUUUCAAUAUAUUGCUAGCUUGUCGUUAA